AGAACGCCCGAGCUAUGCAACUAGAGCAACGGCUUCCGGACGACCGUCAAGGGCACAAAGUCGAUGUCGGAUUACUGCCACACCCUCAAAAAUCUCGCGGACUGCCUCGCGGAUGUGGAUGCGCCGGUCUCUGAAAAUGCCCUAGUCCUUCAACUCAUCCGGGGCUUACCACAAGACCUGCGUUCUCAAGUGAAUUUCCUUCAAUACCAAGUUCCGUUGCCGUCCUUCAUUGAGACACGGUCUGCCCUUCUCCUUCUUGAAGGACAACAAAAUGACUUGGAUGACACCAACACCGGCGGCACAGCCCUUUUCUCCUCCGGGCAGUCCUUCGGCAGUCAGCGGGUCGCGGCUUCAGAGGGUUCAGGCAGCGACACCAGUCACGCUCCUCAAGGCAGCGGCGGACGGAACACUGGUGGCGGUCGUGGUCCUUUCAGCGGCGGUCGUGGCAAUUUCAGCGGAGGCCGCGGACGAAGUCAACGCGGCAGAGGACGUGGAUACCGAGGGGGCGCUGGUUCGAAUUCACGGACACCGUUCAGCUUUGCACCGUGGAUGUCAUCUUAUCCUGGUAUCUUGGGCAUACUCCUCCCCCUCAAGCCCAAGCUCAAGCCUUUUGUGUGAUUCUAAUCAAAUACAGAUAGAAGAUUUAAAAAAAAAUUGUAAUACAAGACUAUAUUUGCUGGAAAAUGCCCUAGUUUAAUUUCAAAAGAUUAUGUGUAUUUAAGAUUUAGAUAUUAAUUACCAUAAAGCGAGUUAUAUAAUUUAGUGUGUAUACAGCAAUUGUAUUAGACGAUGCUGUCCCAAUUUAAGUGGCUGAAUUUUAUAAUUAAAAGCUUACUGUAAAC